AUUCUCAGACAUGGCUUCUAAAGUUUUGUUCUUGACACUGGUUCUUACUCUGUUCACACGGAUGACGUCUCAGACGUCCCGUUCUGAGAAGAGAGAUGCUACGGAGAAUGUUGAUAAUAAUCUCCUGGAAAAUGAAGCACUCACUGUUAUAGAAAGGGGUUUCUGGGGUAACACAUGGAGUAAGUUAACUAACGGCGCCAAAAACUUUUGGGACAGUAUUACAAAGGAAGCAACGGACACAUGGAAUGAUGUGGCGGAAAGCAGCAAGAAAGUGUGGGAUAAGGUGGAGGACAAUGCCGAUAAAACUUGGACUGACUUGACAACAUGGGAAGAUGGGGAAGAUAAGGAUGGUCCGAAAAAGAAAAAGAAAGAAGGUCUGGAAGAGGAAAAGAAAGAAGAUCUGGAAGAGGAAAAGAAAGAAGAUCUGGAGAAAAAGGCGCAGGCUGUGAAAAUGAUUUGAACUGGGUGAAUCAAUGUUACGACUUAAUUUUCGCAGAGGAAAAUACAAUACAUUAGUCAUUAACACAGGGUGGCCAAAAAUUUACGUAAAAUGGCAAGAAUUAAGAUAUUGAACACUGGAUAUCCCAGUCAUGUUCAGUCAAACUAUUUAUAUAGUUAUUAUUCCUGUUUAUCUAACUUUAAUAAAUCUUCUGUAUUUUAUUUAUAUAUAUUUAGUUGGUAAAGUCUGUCUGUUAUACCCUCAGCGAAUGAUUAAUAAUAAUAAAAGUAGAUUUUAUUAUUUUCGCCCCUA